CUCUGCAAAUUCUACACUUGGACUGAGGUGCUUGAUUCUCGUAAAAAAUGGCAGAAGCGGAGAGUUACACCGUAACAUCCUCCCCCUACCCCGCCCGCACCAAAACCGCGUCCGCGAGCAUAAACAGCAUCCCCACCACCGCGACAUCGAUCUACUUCGCCGACAAGAUCGUGCUCACGGUCACACAAGCUGGGCGAUUAGCGCACUGGCUCCACGUCCCUCUCGACACCGAAUCCCCCGCUUCCGAAGCCCCCCUCGAGCCCUCCUUCACCGACCCCCCCGACGACGAAAACUCCGCAGGUCCACCCUCAGACCUUUUACCGCUUUCGCAUCUUACCGCGACGACGGUGUUAGGCGGCACGGUGCCAGUGCUAGAUACGCUAGGCCAGCUGCUGGCGACGCAGAUAGCGAGUGCGAUCGCGACAAGGGAUGCGGCGGAGAGGCGGAUGGUGGUUGUGGGGUUGGGCCUGGAUAAGGGGCUGGUAGGCCGGGGGCGGGAGGGGUUUGCGGAGGUGGUGGGGUUGGUUUUGGGGGUAUUGUAG